GAAGAACCCUACUUUGAGAUGGUCUCCAUUCGAUUUUAACUCAACAUGGCCAUUGUAAUUGCUUUUAUCUAGUUUUGCGCCCCCACCCAAUGGCUUACGAACCCCUCGAGUUUCGACGACGGCUCUUUGUUUCGCGUGGAAUGCCGCGUUUGUGAGUGUUUGCGAGUGAUUUGCCGUGAUGUCCGAGCGCCAGGGACAGGUGGGGGACUUGAGCAAGCAGAGCAGAGAACAGCUCCAAGAACUACGACUGCGACAGAACAACAUACUCGCUGACAAAAGAUUAACAGAGUCUCUUCCGGACAAGGGGAAGAGAUUAAAGGACUUUGCGGAGAGGAUACGCCUCGCCAUUGAAUGCCGUGAUGAAGAGGAGACGAAGCAGGGUUUGGUAUCAGCAGCCAGGGCAGAGUUUCAGUCCAAGUACCGGCAAGCCUUCACUGGGCAGCGACGGGCUGUGCAAACUGAGGGAACCGCGUCACAACAGACUGAAGCCUCGCCUGUCUCUGUUCAUGCGGAGCAGGAGGAAGAAAACACUGCUGAAACCAUGGAGACAGCUUCCGCUGGGGCCUCUCUGAACUUUGUCGGGCCAAAGGAGGGCGACCUUGCAGAGGCCUUUGAACGGGUCACGAUCUCCACUAGCACUAGUGACCAAGGCAAAGACCCUGAUAAAGCCAUUGCAAUGGACAAUUACUUUCUCAGGAAGCAUACACCAAAGACGCCUCACCUUGUAACCGUCCUGGAAAGGACAGAGAACAAAAAGACACCCGGAAGGCAAAAAUUCAAACCGAACCAGCUGCCAACUAGAAGCGGAAACUCUCCAUCUGGCUCCUCAUCACCCGGCCAGUCGUCCGAAGGCUCGUCUCUGCUCUCCGCGCAGGCCCGCAGGGAGCGCGACAGAAAGCACUUGGAUGACAUCACGGCGGCAAAGCUGCCUCCUCUGCGCCACACUCCAGCCCAGCUUCUGUCCCUGCAGGAGUCUGCUGAGCUCCUGAGAGCACAGACUAAGAAACAACAGGAGCUGCAGGCCAAGCUGGCAGCACAGAAGCUGUCCAAGGGAUUGAAGAUGUCCAUGGGGAGCUACAGUCCCGACGGUGGCUCCAUGGCAGCCUACAGAGAGGUUCACGAUGAAGGAGCACAGCCCUCCUCAGAAGAAGACUGAUCCUGGACAGUCAGAUGGGAGGAAAACCAUUUUUUUCCGAAAGGGCUUUUACUCUCAGGGUAUCCUUAGAUGACGUUUUGCCCGGUGUGAACAGUCGAGCAACACGGCCGAUGGACUUUCAAUUACACAAACUUGCUUAAAAACGGGUGCUAACUUUAAAAUAAACAACAUUUUUAUGAAACUUAAACAAGCACCCAACUAUUUAGCAUCCAAAAGUUCUGGCACAACAAUACAUUAUGUGAUAUAAACAUUAUGUCAACAUGUUGUCUCUCUGGACUGUGACAAGCUGCUCCACAAAAGUGUGAAACCCAACAAACCAUUAACACAAACUGCUUUCCUUGCCGAAUAUUUUUUAUUUGUACACAAACAAUAAUAAACUUAUGAAUAAUCGUUAAAUAGUAUGAUCUGAAAAGUCCGCUGCACACCGAGCGACUGAACUACCACACAGUUGUACACGCAGUGAGUUUUGCUGCGAUUAAAAAUUUGAAUUCCAGGUGAACGGUGUCGCAGCGUCGCAGACCAAUGAAAAAUGCCAAGCCGUAUCAUAUGAGCUUCUAACUAUGUUUCUGGGUAUGAAGUGACAUCCAGCCUGUCACUGCCAGGCUGUACAAAUAAAGGGUGUACACUUACACUUUAUACAAUUCCUUUCAAAUAUCAUUCAGACAGACACAAGGCAUCGGAACUUGAUAGCUUUGGCUUUGCAGUUUUUGUUCGCAUAUCUUUCCCUUGGGGUGGCACAGUGUAACAUAUCAUUCCCCUUGGGCGGCACGGUGGACGACUGGUUUAGCACAUCUGCCUCACAGUUCUGAGGACCGGGGUUCAA